UAACUACAUGCAUCCAAGUUUAUAUAUUACGGUUUCUUCUCUCACUAUUCCACCAACCGUUUCUCCUGAUCCAUAUAUUUCUUAGCUUUGUAUUUCUAUAAAUCCAUUCUACCUUCCCAUGCACAUUAUUCUCAUCAUUUUCCAUUAUGGCGUAUCAGAAAGAACCCCUAAACCUAGAAAUGAAAGAUGUUGUGCUUGUAAAACCAUCCAAGUCCAUUCCUUCUUGUAUUCUUUCUCUGUCUACACUUGACAAUAAAGACAACAAUUAUAACCUUUGUCAAGCUGUUCAUGUAUACCGGCCAUCAACAAUUCAUGAUUCUGAUUCGGGUUUCGACCCUUGUCAUGUAUUCAAAGAAGCACUCUCAAAGGCUUUGGAUUAUUAUUAUCCUCUUGCAGGUAGAAUAGUGAGACAUGCCGGAGACGGAAGACUUAGAGUCGAGUUUGGUGUUGGUGGUGCAGAAUAUGGUGUUCCAUUCUUAGAAGCAACUGCUAAUUGCACCCUUUCUUCUCUUCAUUACUUGGACAAUACUGACACAGAUAUUGCAAAAGACUUGGUGCUUGAUGUUCCUUCUCCUCAAGAUAAAAAUUACCCUUUGGUAUUCAUGGUGACAAAAUUUAUUUGUGGUGGUUUCACAAUUGGAAUGGGGUGUUCACAUGUUGUUUGUGAUGGAUAUGGUUCAAUUCAAGUCUUCAAAGCAAUUAUUGAACUUGUAAAAGGAAGAAGUGAGCCUUCUGUGAUACCUGUGUGGGAAAGAGAGAGACUAGUUGGGGCUUCAACAAGUACCAAACAACCACUUCCACCAUUACUUCAACCAAAAGAACCUAUUGCAUUUUCACCUUUAGUUCAACCAAAAACAGUUAUUAAAAUCUAUUGUUUUAAGGUUGAGAAUGAGGUGAUAAAAAGACUUAAGAUGAGUUUGAUGAAGGAAGGUGGUAGUGAAAGUGAACCAGUUACAACUUAUGAGUCACUUGGUGCUUAUGUGUGGAGGUCAAGAGCAAGAGCCUUACAACUUAGCAACAAUGGAAAAACAAUGUUGAAUAUGUUAGUUGGUAUUAGACGCAGCAUGAAAGGUUAUGAUCCUUUGCCUAUAGGGUAUUAUGGUAAUACUACUGUGGAUGGAAAAGUUGUGUUAAAAGUUAGUGAGCUCAAUGAAAUGCCACUCUAUGAAAUUGUUAAGUUGAUCAAAGAGGCUAAAAAGAUUGCUUCCUCCACUGAUUAUGUCAAAAACUCGAUCGAUCACACUCCGGAGACGGAGCAUAAGCAAGAUUUUAGCAUGGACGGUAGCGGUGCGGUAACGAUUCUGACUGAGUGGAAGCAUUUAGGUUUUGUUGAUGAAAAUAAUAUAGAUUUUGGAGGGUAUGAAUCAGUGAAUUUUGUACCAGCACCAUGCAACAUGUUUGCGUCUUUGGAAGGGUGCAUUUUCGCAUCUCCUGGUAAACUUGAUGAUGAUGAUCCAUCAAUGAAAGGAGGAGUUAAGAUUUUUACAUCACUCCCUGUUGCUGCCAUGCCAAGGUUCAAGGAGGAAAUUGAAGCUUUAAGAUUACUUAAUUGAAAUGGGAAGCUAUGGCAUCUGUUGAAAUUGCCUUAAUGUUUUAGCUAUGAUAUUACUUGAUAAAAAAACCUAAUUCAGUUAUGAUUUAUGUAAGAACCAAUUAGGUUCAAUGAAUAAUAUAUUUGGAUUGUGUUUUGA